AUGUUGCCCAGAUCGUUUCUCAUAUGCAUCUUGGAGCUUUUAGCUGUCCGAGGUGCAUUGGGAUGGAAGCAUGUAGGAAGAGACGAGUUCAAGUCGAUUACAACAGAGAAUGAUUUGUCUUUGGUUGCGUUCGUUGCGCCUGAGACCCCAUCAAGCAAAGCCCUGGAGCCAGAAUGGCUAUCAGUUACAUCCCAAAGCUCAACCCCCCUAGUGAGCAUUGACUGCACAAGCGAGACCACCCUCUGCGCAGAGCAAGGAGUCAUCUCAUAUCCCGCCAUACGGCUCUACCGCUCCAAGAGCGAAGAAGUGAAGCGCUACAGAGGGCCGCGAAAAGCUUCCUCUAUCACGUCCUUUCUGGCCCGCGUCGCUCGCCCGACUGUCACAGACCUAACCGGGCGCCUGAAUGAUGAGCUGACGGCCUUUAAACGCGUCGACACCGACGUGCUGAUAGCCUACACCCCCUCCCUCACCAAUCCUGAUAGCCUCACCAAAAGCUUCCUAGCCCUCGCCGACCGCUACUCCGACCGACUCACCUUCGCCGUCACGACCGACACGAACCACGUCAAGAGCGAGGACGUGUGGUACACGAGCAUCGUGUGCUACAAGACGCAAGAAGGCGCCAGAGAACAAUACCCAGACCACGAGGAGGACGGCAUCGACCACCUGGACAGCUGGAUAAAGAGAGUGACGAGGCCCUUGGUCGGGCCGUUCUCGACGCGGAACACAAUGCACUAUCUCAAGGCCCGAAAACCCAUCCUCUACUUCUUCACCUCCUCGGACGAGACGCGUGCCGCGUAUGUCAAGUCCAUCACGCAGCUCGCCAAGGCCUACAGUGCGGACUUCAGCUUCGUGACGGUUGACACGGCAGAGUACGGGUACAUGGCUCUGACGCUGGGCCUGCAGCCCGGGGUGGAGCCCGCCAUGGCAGUACUGGACCCGGUGCAGCAGCAGGUGUUCCCAUUUGAGGUCCAGGGCGAGACGAUCCGGCCGGCGGCCGUGGAUAAGUUCGUGACGGAGAUUCUGAAGGGGAAGAGGAAGCCUUGGGGUCCGGACGGUGAUUUGGAAGAGGAGAGCGACGGGGAGAGCGACGGAGAGACGAAGAGUAAAGAGGAGGCGAAGAGUGAGAGCGGGUCCAAGAGCGAGGAGAAGGAAGAGGAGGUGGAGAGUGAGGAGCAUACCGAGCUUUGA